AUGUCUUGGUUCAAGGUCGCUACCCCCCUCUACAAAAACACUGGCUCAGUAGCCCGGGACCAUCUGGCCUCGGAGCGCACAUUCCUAGCCUGGAUUCGUACCGGCUUAGGUUUUGUGGCUCUGGGAAUCGCCAUUGAGCGUUUCUCGCAGCUUGACCUCGGCGAGCUGCUGCAGCACGAGAAACCUCGAUCCCCGCAGGCCCGGCUUGAGAAGGAGCAGGAGAAGGAGGACUCACAGGUUCUGGUAGGCGCUCUCAUGGGCAUGGGCUCUGGAUCUAUUCUCUACGGCACAGCUCGGUACUUUACCAACCUCAAGGCCCUGGAGAGGGGCCAGUUCAAGCCGGCUUACCAUGGCGCCGCAGUGUUGGCAGCCACCGUCGCGGGUCUGGCUGGUGGUGUCUAUGGGUCCGCGCUUAGGCGUAGAAGGGCGGAGAGAAGAGAAACGGAUGUUUGA